AUGUCCGCAGACACCACGCCCAUAUCCCCCGCGCGCUUCGCCUCCGCCAUCAAAGACCUCUCCCUCGGCAUGCUCCACCUCAAAGUCCUCGAAAUCCGCAACUCCAUCGCCCACCUGCAAUACUCAAACGACCAGCUCAAGCCCUUUGCGGACGGCACCUCCGCCGCGCUGGGCGAAUCCUCCGCUGCUCCCGACCAGGACUGCAUCGACGCCAUCAAGGAGAACGAGGUCGUCAUCGACCGCAUGGCCGAGCGCCUGGCAAUCAUCCGCGCAGAGGUCGAGGACCGCGGCGUCAGCUGGACCGAGUUCCAGAGCCAGGACGAGGUCGAGGCGGGCGCAAACACUGAGGCGGGCGAGGCCCUGACGAACGGAGACGUUGUUGCAGACGACCAAGCAGCAGAGACGAGGCAUUCGGCGUGGACGGACGGCACGUUUCAGACUGGCACAAUAUCCAACGGUCAGGGCGAGGCGCAGUCAACGACACAAGGGGCAGAAAGGCAAGAUGGUCACGAUGACGCUGAGGAGGAUGGUUUGCAUCUAUGA